AUGCUUCAUGCUUUUGAGCGGUCUGCUUGUUUUCGAUUCCGUAGUGCCGGGCGAGAACGGCGGGCAAGUUCUUGGGCAACGGGAAGUCUCAACUUGAACCGCGCCCGGCAGCUCCUUGGCCAGUACCGUUUCGCAGGCGAGGAGCUCUACAAUCAGGCAUUCCGUGGCAAGAUGCCUGAGGAGUCCUUCCCAGCCAAGGAAGAGUAUGUCCAGGAAAUGCCAUGCGUGACAUGGAACAUGAUGGACACGACGAUGCGGAGCGCAGACCCUGCAAUGCCAAUAUACGAUGCUUUCGGGUACGGAGUAAUGCCCUACUUCACCAACGUUCCAGAGGCAGCUCCUCCUUCGCCCUCCGCGACAAGUCUCGAUGUUGACAUGAUCAUGAACAGUAUGCGCCUCCUGCAGGCCAUGGCGCCUGAGCAGGCGGCAAAGAUUCUACAAGAUACGGCUGCCCUGUCAGGUGGCACUUGUGCUGCCAGUGCUUGCACGAAUGUGUCUUUAUCGGCUCCUACGGCAGGGGCAUGA